AUGCCGAAGAACAAGGGAAAGGGAGGCAAGAACCGGAGACGUGGAAAGAAUGAGAACGACGACGACAAGCGCGAACUUGUCUUCCGGGAAGAUGGACAGGAGUAUGCUCAAGUGACAAAGAUGCUUGGUAAUGGACGUCUGGAGGCGCAAUGUUUCGACGGCGAGAAGCGACUGGCGCAUAUUCGGGGCAAGAUGAGGAAAAAGGUCUGGAUCAACCAAGGGGACAUCAUUCUUCUAUCUCUUCGAGAUUUCCAAGAUGACAAGGCCGAUGUGAUUGUCAAGUACACUGCUGAUGAGGCUCGAAGCUUGAAAGCAUAUGGCGAGCUUCCUGAGAAUGCCAAGAUCAACGAGACGGAGACGUUCGGCGACGAGGAGGGCGAGUGCACCUUCGAAUUUGGGGACGAAGGCGAAGUGGAUAUCAACGAAAUCUAA